AUGCAGCAGCAGCAACGUGCAGCCCAACGCACCCAGGAAGUGGCCUGGCCAGGGGCAGUUCACUCCAGCGGCAGGGCACCGCGGAUCCUGGGUGCAGCAGCGGAGGACGUGUGCCGGGCCCCUCCACCACCACCGGUCUUCGAGAUCCCCACCCGGAACCGCUUUGCCCCCCUUCGCGAGACGGACCGUGACACUGUGAUCAUCGGAGACUCCAUCGUCCGCCAUGUCUGUGCUACUGUGGCUAAAGUGACUACUCCCUGUGGACACAGUUUCUGUACGGUGUGUAUUAAUGCUCACUGGGAUCAGGAGGAUGUGAAUGGCGUCUACAGCUGUCCUCAGUGUAGAGAGACUUUCACUCCAAGGCCUGUUCUACGCAGGAACAACAUGCUGGCUGAAGUGGUGGAGAAACUGAAGAAGACUGAACUCCAAGCUGCUUCUCCUGCUGUUUCAUCUAAAGCAGAAAGAACUAAAAAACAGAAUGAGUUAAAGGAGGAUCAGAUAAAAUCCCAUCAGAGGAUCCAGGAGAAGCAGAAGAAGGUGCAGGAGCUGAAACAGACUGUGGACAUUAUUAAGAUAUGUUCACAGGCAGCAGUAGAUGACAGUGAGAGGAUCUUUACUGAGAUGAUCAGCUCCAUGGAGAAAAAGCGCUCGGAGGUGACGGAGGUGAUCAGAGCUCAGGAGAAAGAUGAAGUGAGUCGGGCUGAACGACUCCUGAAUCAACUGGAGCAGGAGAUUGCUGAUCUUAAGAGGAGAGUCACUGAGCUGGAGCAGCUUUCACACACACACGAUGACCUCCACUUCCUCCAGAGUUUCCCGUCUCUCUGUGUUUCUCCUGGAUGUGACGACUCACCCAGCUUCACUGUCAAUCAACAUCUCUCAUUUGGUGGAGUGAGGAAAUCUCUCUCAGAUCUGAAAAAACGAGUCGAACAAAUCUGUGAGGAGAAAUUCAACAAAAUCAGACCACAAGCUGCAGCAGUUCAGAUGAUUUUACCUUCAGAACCAAAGAGCAGAGAAGAUUUUCUGCAGUAUUUCUGUUAUCUGACUCUGGAUCCAAACACAGUAAAUUAUCAUCUCAUUCUCUCUAAGAAGAACAGAGUGGUGAGAUGGAGUGAGACACAACAGCGAUACUCUGAUCAUCCAGAGAGAUUUGACUCCUGGCCUCAGGUGUUGUGUAAGGAGAGUGUGUGUGGACGCUGUUACUGGGAGGUGGAGUGGAGCGGUGAUGAUGUGGACAUAUCAGUGUCAUAUAAAGAGAUCAGCAGGAAAGGAGGGGGUAAUGAGUGUGGGUUGGGUCACAACAGUCAGUCCUGGAGUCUGGAGUGUUCUUCUUCCUAUGUCUCUUUCUGGCACAACAACAUUUAUAUUGAGCUCCGAGGUCCAUCACCCUCCAGAAUAGGAGUGUAUGUGGAUCACAGUGCAGGAACUCUGUCCUUCUACAGUGUCUCUGACACCAUGAGGCUCCUCCACAGAGUCCACACCACAUUCACUCAGCCUCUAUACGCUGGAGUCAGGAUUUGGAGUAAUAAAUCAUCUGUGAGGUUUUGUUAUACAAAAUAAAAUGUUAGUAAAAGUGUUUAUAAAAACUAUAAGUGAGGUGUGAGAUUUAAUUUGUCCCUGAGCUACACUGGACAUUUUGUGUGCAGAAACUGGAACAGUAAUGAAUGCAGAAUGUAGAAACAGACUAUUUAACUG